AUGUCCGAGCCAAAGCGUCGUAAAGUUGAUUUGGAAAAUCGAGCUUUUCAAUUGCAUUGGACUGAAGAAUAUUUCUUCAUCCUUUCUAAUAACAAAAAUGCCAAACCAACGUGCUUAAUUUGUAAUGAAACUGUGGCGGUUAACAAGGCCGCUAAUUUGAAGCGACAUUACGAUACAAAACAUGCUUUUAAGUAUGACAAAGAGUACCCAAAAGGAUAUCUACGUAAUGAAAAAAUAACAUCGCUUCAAAAGUCACGUGAACAAUCAAAUUUAAUAAUGAAACGUGCUCUGACUGAGCAAGAAAAAUGCGCUGAAACUUUUUUACGAAUUUCUUGGAUUAUGGCGAAAAAUAUGAUUCCUUAUUCUCACUCAGAAAUAAUUAAAUUAUGCUUACUUGAAGCCGUAAAUACGCUUUUUGAAAGUAAGAAAGAAGUAUCCGAAACUUUCAAGAAAAUUCCUUUAUCGCGCAACACAGCAACUAGAAAAAUUGAGUCUUGCUCAAGAUCAGUUCAAGAAAACAUUUUGCAUAAUCUACAGAAAGCAAAAUUCUUUUCACUUGCAAUUGAUGAGUCAAUUAAUAUUUCUGAUAUUUCGCAAAUGGCAGUUUAUGUUCGAUAUCUUUGGAACAGUGAAGUUAAAGAAGAAUUUUUAACAUUAUUGCCACUUUACGAUCGCACAACCGGUGAAAUACUAUUCAAAAAUUUUCAUAAGUUCAUGGAGUCUAACAAUCUUUCGUUUGAUAACAUUCUUUCGAUAGCAACUGAUGGUGCGCCGGCUAUGAUUGGUAGGUCUAUCAAUGGUUUUAUUACACUCAUAAAAAAUCUAAAUUCCAAGAUUAUUGCUUUGCAUUGCAUAAUUCAUCAAACUGUCCUUUGCGCAUAGCUUUCUGGUGAUCUUAAGAAUAUCAUGACAGCAAUUAUGAAAAUAGUUAAUUACCUGCGCUCGCAUUCGGCUCUACAACACCGUUUACUAAAAGCAUUUCUGCAAGAAUGUGAAAGCGAGUACAUAGAUCUACUUAUUCACAAUGAUGUUCGCUGGCUAAGUAAAGGCAAUGUAUUGAACAGAUUAAUAUGCUUACUGCCAGAAAUUCGCAGUUUUCUUGAGUCCAGAAAUACUAAGAUUGCUAAUGAGUACUUCCAAUUCUUGAGUGACGUAAAGAACGUUGGAAAAAUUUGGUUUUUGAAUGAUGUGUUUUUCCAUUUUAAUGAACUAAACAAACAUUUGCAAGGGAAGAAUAAGGUUCUCUGCGAUAUGUGGGAAAUAAUAAAAUCAUUCCAGCGGAAAUUGCAGUUGUUCGAAAAUGAUUUAAAUUCAAAGGAAUUUCUUCAUUUUGCUUCAUUAAAAGCUCAUAUUGAAAGCAAUCCUAAUGAAGACAUUGGCAUGGACAUCUUUGUCGAAUUUUUACAAAAAGUGCAGAUCAAAUUUUCUUCGCGAUUUUCAGAAUUUAGUCAAAUCUCUGAUUUACUCACUGCUUUAAAGACUCCGUUUUCUAUGGAACCCAAUGGUAACUGGGUUACACAAGCUAUGCAUCUUUUCAGUGGUAUUGACAAAGCUAAACUUCAGCUGGAAACUAUCGAAUUACAAGAAAGCAGUGUAUUAAAAGAAAGUUAUCAAGUAACACAUAUAACCAAGUUUUGGAUUGACAUUUUGCCCGGUGAAACUUAUCCUAAUCUACGAAAGAUAAGUUCUUUUGUAUUGACAAUGUUUGAAUCAACUUAUGUUUGCGAAGCUGCAUUCUCAAAAAUGAAUUACGUGAAAAACAAGUUUCGAAACUGUCUAACUGAUCGUCAUCUUGAGGAUUGUUUGGUUGCUGCUACUACUAGCUACAACCCUGAGUUUACCAAGUUGGCUAAAGAUAGCAAAUCGCACUUCUCACAUUAA